UAAGGGUAAAUUUUUUAAAAUAAUGAGUUGUUUUAUUUAUUUAUUUAUUUUUUAUUUUUUUCUCAAAAUAUUGAGAAAAACACCUUUAAAGUUGUCCAAAUUAAGUCUUUAGCAAUGCAUAUCGAUUCACAAAAACAAAUUUUUGAUAUAUUUAUGGUUGGAAAUUUACUAAAUAUCUUCAUUUAACAUGAUCUUUACUUAAUAUCCUAAUGAUUUUUGGCAUAAAAGAAAAAUCGAUCAUUUUGACCCAUACAAUGUAUUGCUACAAAUAUACCCGUGUGACUUAUGACUGGUUUUGUAGUCCAGGGUCACACACACACACACACACACACACACAAAUAUAUAUAGGCUAUAUAUAAUGUUUGUUUAAUUAAAAUCUAGUUGAUAUUCACUAAAUACUUUACAUUUUAUUACAUCUUUGUAUAUGAGUGCUGCAUGGCAAUAAUCCACUUAGUCUGAUUAGUCAACCAACGAAACUAGUUAUGGGGAGACAGACCUAUAAUUGUGCCAUUGGUGGCCAAAGGACAUCUUGGUAUCUUUGCAUUUGUGUCUAGGUGACAUAAUGAUGAUCUGUAAAGCCACGGCCAAUUGUUUUAUGACAGGUACGUCAUUAAACACAGUCAGUUUCCAGUAAAUGUAGCCAACAACAGAUAGAUCAUCAUUACAGUUAGAUGAAAAGAUCACUAAAAUCUACUUGAUUUGUUGAUUUAAUUUAUUAAAAGCGUAAAGAACAGCUAAGCACAGAGGCCUAGCUAUAUACUGAGAAAAAAUCUAGAUGUUUAGUUAGUGAAUUCAAAACUUUUAAAUUGUAGACUAGUGACUAAUUAACUGAAAAACUAUCUAAUAAUCAAUUACCAGUAGCUAUGACCCUCUUGUUUUAUUUUUGACGAACGUAGAGCCAAGGCAACAUAACAGGUUACGUGACCUCUGGAACAGGGUCAGAUUUAUUGUAGCAACGAACCGUAGCAACGCAGAGAGUCCGUGACGACGACAGUCGCGCGCUCGUGGAUCAUGUGUUGGAAUGCGACAGUGUUUAAUAAGAACAUAUUCAAAUAGUUUCAGAGCGCGCGCUGUCCUGAGUGAUAAACAUGGGAUGUGGGAGCUCCAAAAUCACGGUGGUUGAACCCGUAAAACCGAGCAGUCUGAACGGGAAUCAGUUUGUUGUGGCUCAGGGAGGAUCCCGUGGCGACUCCGCCGUGUCCAAAAUGACCACAGACAGCGGGGUCAGUCUGGAUGCAAGAGAGCCAGCAGUUCUCCCUGGAUCUGUACCUAGACUUCUACCACCGCUACAAGCCCAGAGUCCUGGACUGGCCCAGCAGAGUGAAGAGAGACCCGAGUCCAGUGAGAUCCUGGAGCAGCUGCUUAUUCAGGGAAUCAUUCCAGCUCAACCAAAGCAGGGCGGCAGUGGAGAAGCCUACAACAUCAUGAUGGAUGGCGCUGGGAAGCCGAGGAGCAGACCACCCGCUCGACUGGAGUCACUGAAAACUCGCAAAGAACAAGAAGUCACGAGGAAGGAAGACAUCGAGAUGAAGAUGAGACAAGUGGAGGAGAGGAGAAAGGAGAGAGAGGAGGACCUGAAACGCAGGAUGAGGAUUAAAUCAGCCCGACCGCGACCUGCUCCAGUGACCGCAGAACUCGACCCCACUGAACUGCUCCAUUCUGAACAGCUUCCUGUCCCAAGCAGAACCAAACCGCUACAGACGCCAAUCACCGGAGAGUCCGAGGACCAAAGACUUACUGCUUCCCCAGAGCUGGAGAACGACUCCACCUUCCAACAGAUUGAAGACAGAGAAGAGGUUUUUUAGAAGGGAAGUUUCCUAAUGUAUAUUCUUACAGUUGCACAUGCACUUUCUACAGGUCAUUAUUAAUCUUGUUCACUUUAACACAGGGUACGGCUCAGAUCAAAGUCUGACCUUGGGUUGUGCAUUAUUAUAUAGAAAAAAACAUGGAAAUAUGUGCCUAAUUAGUAUGAGACGGUCGUUAUGAAAGAUUGGAAGGGUUAAGAAUUGGGCAUGAUAUAUAAUAAAUGUAUAAGUGAGUUGCCAAUGAGA